UCCGAGUUAGCGUCAGUCGACUUCCUAUUGAAGACUAGCAUCGGGCUACUAGGCCGCUAGCUGCAGGACCAAGCCUGCCUACCUGCAGGGCUUCAACAUGAAAUCAUUCAGCCUUGUCUACUUCUUGUGAAUUCCACGAAAACAACCAUUCACAACUCACAGUACGCCAUCUUCUAUUCAACAACCUUUUUUUUCUCUCUUUUCAAAAGAUCAACGCUCCGCUUUGCCCACAACAUAUAUCCAAACAAUAGCAACGGCUGCUCACAGAAAUCUGUCGCAUCCAAUGUUCGCGAGUCUUUCAAUGACAUAAACCAAACACCAGCUCAAGACCAUGGCUUCUUCGGCGGUCUCUCGCCGCCGUGCAAUGCGCACACCACCCCGAGAAACACGAACGAAGCCCAGGAUCUCGUAUGCCGAAUCAUCGUCUGGUGUCGAUCUGGAAAGUGACUCGGAAUCCGAUCUGUCUGCCUCCGAACCAGAAUCUAGUCAACCCACAACUCGAUCUCGCGCUUCAAGGUCGCAAGCAUCACAACAAACUCGCCCAAGAAGGAUAGCCUCCAUUAAUGACGCGCGAUCACACAACUCUGAGCCAGCCCACCUACAACGUACGAAGCAAACACGAUCUUCCACUCUAUCUCGAAACACACGAUCGCAUCAAGUACAACAAAAGCGGCCCCGAGCCUCCUCCUCCCACCGAACAAAUAAUCAUGACGAAGGCAACAGUCGAAGCUCCAAGAGGCGUAAGCAGUCGAAACAAAGCUCUGCCAUAAAGAUUGCUGGCCGCAAAGUGUUGGAAAUACAAGGUUCUGGAGUCAUUCCAGCAUGGCAAAGUCUCCCAUACCUUAUCUUGGUGCAGAUAUUCCAGUUUGCAACCUAUCCGCUGUACGAAGAACACACAUUUCAGCCUCUACCAUCUGGUAGAUGGCUGUUGAGCGUUGCUCGGAUGUGUCGCGACUUUGCAGAGCCCGCCUUCACUGUUCUCUACAAGUCGCCACCUCUCGUCCCAAUGGUACAGGCACAUAGAUUGGUGGACCUGCUAAUGGCAGAUCCUCUGCCUAUGAUCUUCAAAUACAGGCAAAAGGUUGAGUCACUCCGUAUCGACGUUGGUCAAGUUGUCGCAUACACCUUGCCAGGCAGCGGCUUGUUGGAUCUACAUGGGUUGAUCAAGGAGCUGCCGCGAUUGUCAGACCUGGAGUUCUAUCAUCAGAAGGACAUGUCUCCCUACCGAAACCUUGACGACAAUGUUAAGUGGACAUACCCAGAAUCUAUUUUUGAAGCCCUCGAGUAUGUUAAUCCUUCGGCGGACCCGAUGAGAGGAGAUAAGACGAGCAUUUGCAGACUUAGAAGCUGGCGCUGGUCAUCGAGGCUUGGCGGAAAGAAGUACUCGAUCGAACAAAUACCAGCAAUGCACUUGAAGCCAUCUUUUGAGUCGCUGCAGAAGGUUGCUUUUGUCAACUACCAAGUCCCCUUCCUCAAGAAAGACGAAGAAGACCCAGAGCAUGAAAAGGUCCUUGCCAAGGCUAUCAAUAACCUUCCGAAGCUGAAGCAUCUGAUAUUUGAGUCAUCCACCCUUGUCAACGCGAAGUUGCUGCCUCUUUUACCUACCGGGCUUCGCAACCUUGAGUUGAUCAACUGUUGGGAAGUCAUUGCAUCCGAUUUCGCCCCUUUCCUCCUCACACAUGGUAGGCAACUACGAUGUUUGACUCUCAACCACAACCAAUCUCUGAGCUUGGCAUUCUUACCAAUGCUUGGUCCUGGAUGUCCGAAUCUGCAGGUGCUCAGGAUGAAUCUGACCUACUACAACCUUCAUAUUACCUACCGAGAUUCGGAGCCUUUAUACGAGAAGCUGUUGGAGCCAGACCAAAUUCCCGCAUGGCCCUCGACUAUUCAAACAAUCGAAUUGACUCAACUACGCAAAUGGGAAAAUGAAGCAGCAGAAGUUUUCUUCCAAAGCCUCCUUGAUAGCGCCGGAAGUCUUCCAGAUCUACGUCGGUUGACCAUUCAAGCCAUUCUAAAUAUCGGAUGGAGAGAUCGAGCUUCAUUCCGUGACAAGUGGGUAGGAUCUCUCAAUCGAGUAUUCAAGAGGAUUUCCAAACCUCCCAAGGCCAUCUUCAGCCUACCCAAGGCUCUUCAAGCUCUGUCUUUGCCAAUCGGAGACAAGGAAGAGAUGGAUUCUGUGCCAAUGGAGUCUAGACGAAUUUCUUCUGGCUCAAAUAUAUCGCAUACUAGUGGAAAGUCUCCUGUUGUUGAAAUACCAACCCAAAUUCAGUCACACAAGGUCUCGGUAGAAGUACAACCUUCGCCACCAGCUCGCCGCUCAGCACGUUCUGCAACGCGAAAUCUCCAAUCAGGCAAAUAUGUCGAGUCAUCUGAUUCCGAGCCUGAAGUUGAGAAGGAAGCCGAGUACGAAGCCCGCACUCCUGCUUCUCGUGCAGGCAGCCGUGCUUCUAGGCUCGAACGAGAACUGGGCAUCCUGAAGGAGACAGCUGGCAGGCACAGUGCGGCGAUCACAUCCACCGAGAGCUCCGAGGAUGACUCUGCGUCGAACAGUCACAACAAGGGCAAGGGUAGAGAGAAUGAAGUCAUUCAAGGCAUGUGUGAAGUUGUUGAAGUUCGGAUUGAUAAUCUACGGCCAACAGAGACGCAAGUCACUGAGGCAGAUUUCUUGGAUGAGGAGAUGAGUGGUGAUGAUGACUGGAAUGGCGAGGAUCCUGCUGAGGAUGGAUAUGCGUGGUGAUUUUGUCUUCUUCUCUGUAUUACUUGCUUUUUGAUCGCGUUAGUAUUCUCGGUGUUGAUGGGAGGGUUUGACAAAAGGGGCAGUGUGAUGAUACAUGGUUGGGACACACGCAUAUACGACAUGGAAAUUGGAUGAGUACUGUAUGAUCACGAUAACAAAACAAAAGGAUGGAUGGAAUGGAAUGGAGUUAUAGAUGUGGGAGGGCGCUGAACACGAGACAGGAAUGGGGCCAAUACGAUGGGAUGCAAUGGACGGGUCGGUUGGGAUUGCAUGUUGUGAGGGCUUUGUCCAUGGGCUGUUUUGCCCUACUUUACGAAAAGUCUGCUUGCUCACUUGCUUCGCUGUACAUGUUCUCACUUCAAGAAGUACACUGCUGAGCAGUUGUACACAAUGCACAAUGAAAAUCAAAAAGAAUUGAAUGUCAAUUCCAAAAAGCCCUAAAACAUGCCUAAUCCACCUCAUCUGGUAAUGAUUAGUAGCAGUCUGUUGUCCCCACGAGCAGCAUCAAGCUCUCAUUUAGGCGCCUCGGAUGGAACCUGGCAAGUCUCAAAUCGUAUGGUCGUCGCAUGAUUUACUCCGUAG